CUCGGAUCUGUGGAUGUAGCGUGAUGAUCGUCAAUGAACGCGAGCAGGUGAACGAGCAGCUGACGGGUGGAUUCCACAGUUCUCAGACACACCCUCUGCUGGGUGCAGCAGGGGCAGGUGUCUCCUCGUAGGCUUGGCACAAGCUCGCCAUCCAACCCCCACCUCCUCCUCCUCCUCCAGGACUGGAAGAGUAUAAAAAUCAGCCGUCCUCUGAGCUCUUCACUCUCUCCUCUCCAGCUGAAGCCGACUGUCUGCCUCCGUUCCUUCAUCACCAUUCAAGAUGAUGUCAAGUUACAGCUCCAAAAGCAUGUCUAGCGGUGGAUACGGUGGUGGUGGCCGCCGCUCUGGUUCCGUGUAUGGUGGAGCUGGAGGCCAUGGUGUCAGAAUCUCCUCUGGUGGCUCCUCCAUGUCCAUGUUUGGUCGUGGCGGUGGCGGUGGCGGCGGCGGCGGCGGUGGUGGUGGAGGUGCAGCUGGCUACAGCUUCAGCUACAGCAGCUCAGGAGGCGGUGGAGGUGGUGCAUUUGGCUUUGGUGGUGGCGAUGGCGGCAGCGUGGAUAUCUCUGCCAACGAGAAGGCCACCAUGCAGAACCUGAACGACCGUCUGGCCUCCUACCUGGAGAAGGUGCGCAAGCUGGAGGCAGCCAACGCCGAGCUGGAGCUGAAGAUCAGACAGUUCCUGGAGAGCAAGGUCUCCCCCUCCGCCAGAGACUACAGCGGCUUCUACGCCACCAUCGCAGAGCUGCAGGGCAAGAUUCAGGACGCGACCAAAGUCAACGGUGGCAUCUACCUGAUGAUUGAUAACGCCAAGUUGGCUGCAGACGACUUCAGACUCAAGUUCGAGAACGAGCUGGCCAUGCGUCAGUCGGUGGAGGCCGACAUCGCCGGUCUGAGGAGGGUCCUGGACGAGCUGACGAUGAGCCGGAGCGACCUGGAGAUGCAGAUCGAGGGCCUGAAGGAGGAGCUGAUCUUCCUCAAGAAGAACCACGAGGAGGAGUUGCUGGCGAUGCGCACUCAGAUGAGCGGACAGGUGAACGUGGAGGUGGACGCUGCUCAGGGACCAGACCUCUCAAAGAUCAUCGAGGAGGUCAGGGAGCACUACGAGAGCAUCGCCGCCAAGAGCCGAAAAGAACUGGAGGGCUGGUUCAACGCCAAGUCGGAAGCAUUAAACAAAGAAGUGGCUGCCAACACAGAAACACUCCAGACGUCCAAAUCUGAGAUCACAGAGAUCAAGCGGACGCUGCAGGGCCUGGAGAUCGAGCUGCAGUCACAGCUCAGCAUGAAAGCGUCGCUGGAAGGCACCCUGGCUGAGACACAGAACCGGUACGGCAUGCAGCUGGCAGGGUACCAGAACCAGGUGGGCAUGAUGGAGGAGCAGCUGGUGCAGCUGAGGGCCGACCUGGAGAGACAGUCGCAGGAGUACCAGAUGCUGCUGGACAUCAAGACCAGACUGGAGAUGGAGAUCGCCGAGUACAGGAGGCUGCUGGACGGAGAAGGUGGCAGCAGCAUCUCCUCCUCCUCCAUGGUCACCACCACCCCCACAGUCACCUCCACCACCAAACAGAAGGUCAUCACCAUCGUAGAGGAGAUUGUGGACGGGAAGGUGGUGAGCUCCUCCACAGAGGAGGUCAGUCAGACCCUGUGAGCUCAUGCAGGAGGCGCCAUCGCAGCUCGCACACAACAAAACACACAAAUAAAAGUCUGCUGAGGUGCUUCACAAUAAAACGCCUGUG